CUCUGCUGCCAGUCAUGUGGGCUAGACUGUUGCUCCAUGUUGCCUACAUCUUGAUCCCGUUGCUGGGGUCUUCGGCCCGAGGCUACACCGGGAGAAAGGCGCCAGGGCACUACUCUGCGGAGAGACGUCGUCUGGGCCCCCAUGUCUGCCUCUCCGGCUUUGGGAGUGGCUGCUGCCCUGGCUGGGCCCCUUCCAUGGGCAGUGGGCAUUGCACCCUGCCCCUCUGCUCCUUUGGCUGUGGGAGUGGCAUCUGCAUCGCCCCCAAUGUCUGCUCCUGCCAGGAUGGAGAGCAAGGGGCCACUUGCCCAGAAGCCCACGGAUCCUGCGGGGAAUAUGGCUGUGAUCUCACCUGCAAUCAUGGUGGCUGUCAGGAGGUAGCCCGGGUGUGCCCUGUGGGCUUCUUGAUGACUGAGACAGCUGUUGGUAUCCAGUGUGCUGACAUUGACGAGUGUUUAAGCUCAUCUUGUGAGGGCCACUGCGUGAACACAGAAGGUGGCUUCGUGUGUGAAUGCGGGCCAGGCAUGCAACUGUCUGCUGAUCGUCAUACCUGCCAAGACACUGACGAGUGCCUGGGAACGCCCUGUCAGCAGAGAUGUAAGAACAGCAUUGGCAGCUAUAAGUGCUCCUGCCGUGCUGGCUUCCACCUCCAUGGCAACCGACACUCCUGUAUAGAUGUCAACGAGUGUCGGCGACCGCAGGAGAGGAGAGUCUGUCACCACACCUGCCAUAACACUGUGGGCAGCUUCCUAUGCACCUGUAGACCUGGUUUCAGGCUUCAAGCUGACCGUGUGUCCUGUGAAGCUUUCCCGAAGGCCGUUCUGGCCCCAUCAGCCAUCCUGCAGCCCCGGCAGCAACCUGCUAAGAUGUCCCUGCUCCUUCCUGAGGCAGGCCGGCCUGCCCUGUCCCCAGGACACAGCCCUCCUCCAGGGGCCCCAGGAUACCCCACGGGAGUUAGAAUAAUCAGUCAGCCAUCUACCACCCAGGCCCUUCCCACAUUCGUUCCCACACAGUUGAUAUCCACCCCAGUGCCAAGUUCCUCCCCACUGGGGACCCUUGGACCCCCCUCUCUCCUCCAGGGGGAGGCUGUCGGGACCCCUUUCUCACCUAGGGGUCCUGAAAGCCCAAAGCUGAGAGCAGGGUCCUGCUGGCACCUGGGAACCACAUAUGAAUCAGGGAGCCACUGGAACCAGCCGGGAUGUUCUCAGUGUUUGUGCCAGGAUGGAGAGGUGACCUGUGGAGAAGUAAGGUGUGACUCUACCUGUUCCCACCCAAUUCCCCCGAGCGAUGGGGGGUGCUGCCCCUCUUGCACUGGCUGCUUUCACAGUGGCACUCUCCGAGCGGAAGGGGAUGUGUUUUCACCUCCUGAGGAGAACUGUACUGUGUGUGUCUGUCUGGCUGGAAAUGUUUCUUGUAUCUCUCCCGAGUGUCCCCCUGGUCCCUGCAAGGCUUCCCCACAGUCAGAUUGCUGUACUUGUGUUCCAGGGAGAUGCUAUUUCCAUGGUCGGUGGUACACGGACGGGGCUGUGUUCAGUGGGGGUGGUGACGACUGUACCACCUGUGUCUGCCAGAAUGGGGAGGUAGAGUGUUCCUUCACACCAUGUCCAGAACUGGACUGUCCUCGAGAGGAGUGGUUGCUGGGCCCAGGACAGUGCUGUUUUACCUGUCGGGAGCCCACACCUACCACAGGCUGCUCUCUGGACGACAACGGGGUUGAGUUUCCAAUUGGACAGAUCUGGUCGCCUGGUGAUCCCUGUGAGUUAUGCGUCUGCCAGGCAGAUGGCUCCGUGAGCUGUAAGAGGACAGACUGCGUGGACUCUUGCCCUCACCCCAUCCGGAUCCCUGGACAGUGCUGUCCUGACUGCUCAGCAGGCUGCACCUACACAGGCAGAAUCUUCUACAACAAUGAGACCUUCCCGUCAGUGCUUGACCCCUGUCUGAGCUGCAUCUGCCUGCUGGGCUCGGUGGCCUGUUCACCUGUGGACUGUCCCAUCACCUGUACCUACCCCUUCCACCCGGAUGGCGAGUGCUGCCCUGUAUGCCAUGACUGUAACUUUGAAGGGAGAAAGGUGGUGAAUGGUCAGGUGUUCACCUUGGAUGAUGAGCCUUGUACCCGGUGCACCUGCCAGCUAGGAGAGGUGAGCUGUGAGAUGGUCCCCUGCCAGCCUGUCUGUACUGACCCCUCCUGCCCAGAUUCCCUGUUUCCUCUAGAAGAAAAGCAGCAACCUUCCCCUCAUGGAGAUCUUGCCAAAGCUGCACGGAACCCCCGUGGAGACACUGAAGUCCCUGUCAACUGUAGCUCCUGCCCAGGGCCUCCAUCAGCAUCACCUGCACGGCCCAUGUUCCAGCUCCUGCAGCGGCUUUUAAGAACAAACCUGUCUAAUGGACAGUCUGCAUCCCCAGGCCCUCCAGUAGCCCAGACCUCAUCUGCACUCCUGUUGGAGCCAGAUGACACAUCCUUUGGGAAGCCUGGAGCCUCCCAGCCCCCUGAGCCUUCAGCAGGGUCACCUGCCUCUCCUGGACCACCCACUCUACUUCCAGCCAUUCCAGGGACUCCUUCAUCACCGGUCACUCCAAAAAGCUCUUCUUCUGUCUCUGGAGCUCGGAUGGCAUUCCAGUGGCCUCUGUCUGCUGCCUCCUUGACUGAGGCAGAAACACCUUCAGUGACAGAUGCUGACCUCUCAGAGACCCUCACCACCGCCUUGAGGCCUCAAAGACUCUCUUCAGCUCUCCUGGAUACGCCCAAGCCUGUUCCCCAACAGUCCACAACUGACACCUCAAAGGAGGACUCUAUCAUCUGAGUGGAUCACAAUUCCUGGGACAUGCCAGAUAGGAGUCUCUGCUGAUGGCCUAGUAUGUGUGUGACCGCAGGGGUAAAAUUGGUGGGGUGGGCAGAGAAGACCUUAAAAUAAGAUGGCCCAUCUAUAAAUCAAGGAGAGAGGCACCAGAAGAAAUAACCCAAACACCCCCCGGCUUUGGACUUUUAGUCUCCAGAAUUGUGAGAGUGCAUGUUUCUGUUUGUCCCCCACCCUUGUCUGUGUUGGUUCCAGUGGCCCUGGCACACUAAGUCAGCAGUGCCCAUCCUCACUUAGGCGGAGCCAUGCCAAGGGUGGUCCUGUCAGGGCACACCCUUGACACUGACGUCAUAUAACAUCCAUCCUAGAAAUGUUUUUGGAGUUGUCCGUCAUUACGCUUUGUUUUCAACACUGAUUUCAUGUAAUAUUCAUCUCAGGAUGUGUUCAGAGC